GAUUUUAAAAUAUUUAUGACUAGACAAAAACAGUGCCUGUACAUAAGGAGAGACCUCAAGGAAAAUUAAAAGAACUCAAAACCAAAUAUUGGCAAACUUGAAAUAUGAAAAAGGAGAAUGAUGUUUCAUUGGUUCACCUUAGUGUUGUCAUAUGUAGCAGUUCUGCUACUGCUUUGCUGCCUCCUGCCGUUUUCUCAGAUCUACAGCCUCCUCCAUACCCAAGACUCCUUGUUUGACGUCGUAGAUUCAGCCAACAACAUUCGGUUAGCAUCUGCCAAAAAAUAUUUUCAGAAUUUAGAUGAAAAUUCUUCACUGCAGCUUUACAAGGACAGACUCAGUCAGGGUGGAAUAAUGUUUGCUGUUGGUAUAAUAACAGUGAAGAGAACUAAGGAGACAAAACAACAUGAAAGUUUGGGAUACUUGCUACAAUCAACUUCAUUCAUGGACUCUAUGCUGAAGGGCAAUGCAUUUUUCAACAGUAGUGUACCUUUUAUCUGUAAUGUUGAUGUUUUCCCUCAAGCACACUUUGAUGCUGUAAAUCUUUAUCCAUUUAUGCCUUAUACAGAGAGGUUUGGUUCAAAUUCCUUGGGGAUUGCGGAUGUGAAAAUUCCAAACUCCUCAAAUUUAUUUAGGGAUUUUAUGAAUCAUCAAUCUAGGUACCACAAGGAAACUUUUGAUUACACUUUUUGCCUUCUCACGGCUGCUUCUCUCAAUCCUCAGUUUAUACUAUUGAUUGAAGAUGAUGCUAUUCCACAGAGAGACUUUCCUACUGUCCUAGAGCAUUUGAUCAAUUUCAGACUGAACCUGACAUCACAUGGAUCGCAGAAUUUUGGAUUCUUAAAGCUCUAUUUUCCUUUCAAGUGGCAAGGCUUUGGAUUUGAGUUGAAUAAAAUUGUGGAUCUGUUAAGUCUAAGUGUAAUCGGUGCUUCCAUCGGCUGUGUUGUGUUUCACCUGUCUUCCUACCGGCACGCCUCAUCCCACACCAAGCGGUCCGUUUUUGUUUAUGGAUUUCUGGUAACAUUAAUUACUUGCUGGAUGAUUGGCAGACAGAAUAUCAUCGAGUUACGCAGAAUAUCCAGACACCUGUACAGACUCCAGAGCUCCGAAGGCUGCUGUACCCAAGCCAUGUUGUACCCGCUGUCUGUUGUCAAGCCACUGGGCCAGUUUCUGGCACACAAACACAGAAAUCACCACACAGACCUGACCAUCAUUGACUUUAUAAGUCAUAAUUCCAUGCCAACACUUCAGGUGGAGCCAAAUCUGUUUUAUCACAUAGGACUUUAUACGACGUUAGACAUGGGCCAGAAGAAUCCAGAAGAGUUCAUUUUCCACUGGUAGUCGUAGUCCUCUCUAGUCCAAUCAGUUUACACAGGUGUAAGAUGGGGAUGUGUUAUAUUUUUUUCAACAGCAUUCAAGUAAACUAUUUUUUUAUAAUUAAAUUCAAAAAUUUAUGAAGAUGAUAAUAUAUUUUAAAUUUAAAGAAGGAUUCAACCAGUUAAUAAAUCCAGGGCUUUUGUCAAGUUAAAAGUCAGAAAUUAUAAACAUAAUACUGGUCAAAUUUUAUUUUUCAGUCGGUGUUUCUAAAACUCUAUCAGCUUACAAUUACAACAAGACACCCCACUGUGUUCUUUACUAUGAUUAUCUUCUGAAUUUAUGCUAAUCACCAAAUGAGUUCCCUGUUUAAAAACCUUGUUUUGUGACAGUGAGAUGCUGAUGAUCUGUUUGAGCUUACACAUCAGGGAUCCUAUUUAUGUUGAAUAUUUCUCAAUCCAUUUAAGAAACUCUGGUCAGACUUUACAUUUACUUUACCUAAGUCAGUGCUUUUUAAAGUGGUGGACUGCACAUGUCCGGAUGGGUAACCAGACAAAAUGACAAAGGACAAAACGACAAGGUGAAAAAAUAACAGGGUGACAAAACGACAAGUUGACAAAACGACAGGGUGACAAAACAACAACGUGACAAAAUGAGAAGGUGACAAAAUGACAAGGUUUAGGUUAGGGUUAGUCUGAUAACCGAAUACCGUGUUUCUCCAACAAUAAGGCAUUUAAAAUAUCUUUUAAACAAGUAGACCAUACUUAAUUGUAUAUAAGGCAGUUUUUCAAACUUUUUCCCAUGUAUCAUAUACAUAAUUUUUAAUAUUCAAAAAUAUGGUUGUUCACUGAAGAAACUUUAAUGAUGGUUUUAGGAAGAAAUGACUAGGAAAUUGGUGAGGAAACAUAGUAAGUAAAUUUUCAAAUAAUAUAAGGAGAACUGACAUUCAAGUGGGAAAUAAAAUUAAUGAAAGAUGUUUCUAUAUUAUUUUAAUUAUUAGUAAUUAUUUAUUGUUAACGUUAGUGAGAUUUUUGUGCUUGGUGCUUGCUUAUAAGAGAUUUUAUGUUAGGUUCCAAUUAAGUUAGCGUCAGUCUCAAGUCUCCCGUUGCGUUGUAUCAAGC